AUGUGUGAAAAUUUUAAGCGUGUUGAGAAGAUAAUUUUUGAGGAUAAAUAUGAUUAUUUACCUGGACCGUGGAGUGGUGAAAAGAAUAAACUACUUCAGGAGGAUUUGCUUCACCAUAUUUUAAUGUAUAUCCUACAAUUGGAUUUGCAUAAAGGCGAAUUAUUACCCGAGGAUAUAUGGUGUGUGGAGGGUAAAAAGUGCUUAAAGAAUAUGGUUUUUGGUAUGCCACAGAUAUUUUAGAUGAUUUGGCUUGUUUGUAUGUGUUGGAUAACUUGGUGGAGAAUGUUGAACAAGAUGAUUAUGAAAAACCUGAAAAAAUGAAAAUGUUGUACAUAUUAUAUGUGGAUUAUAUAAAACAACAUGAAACAAUAGAUGCCUUUUAUAAAAAAAAUUAUGAGUUUGUUGAUGAGGCGCUAAAAGAAUGA